AUGACGGGCACCACCGAUCCCGACGGGGACGAGGACCGCCGCCACCGUCACCAUCACGACAAAGACGACAGCUGUAGCCACCGCUACCGCGAUGGCGGGGACAACGACCGCCGCCGCGGGAACCGACGGUCCGUUUCCCCGUCCGAGUCCCCGCCACCCUCGUCGAAGCGGGACCGCUCGUCUAGCCGCCCACGGGAGUCCGUCGAGUGCCGCGACUCCACCGACCGCGAGCCACGGUUGUCGUCGCAGAAGCGGAAGGGCCACAAGGGUGGUGGCGACGGGGACGAGCCCGACCGCGAAGGGGGAAAGCGGGUCAGGGCAUCCGUAGAUCCGCCUCCGCCCAAGGAGGAGAGGCCUAGGCGGGAGCGCCGGAGGUUUGAGGAUGUCGAUGCGAUUGGGAAGAAUGGUGAUGUGAGUAAGCUGGGUAGGGAAAUCUCAUCUCAUGAGCAGAAGAAGAGGGAGCUAUCAAUUAGCGGGGACGAGCCCGGCCGCGAAGGGGGAAAGCGGGUCAGUGCAUCCGUAGAUCCGCCUCUGCCCAAGGUGGAGAGGCCUAGGCGGGAGCGACGGAGGUUUGGGGAUGUCGAUGCGAUUGGGAAGAAUGGUGAUGUGAGUAAGCUGGGUAAGGAAAUCUCAUCUCAUGAGCAGAAGAAGAGGGAGCUAUCAAUUAACGGGGAUUCACAGAAUGGCGAUGCGCGUAAUAAAAUGUUGAAGAGCUUAAAGUCUUUCUACAGAAUCUGCGUUUUAAGGUUCAUUUCUGCUCAAGAAGUUUAUGCCAUCUAA